AUGUUUAAUUAUCCUGUCUACAUUCGGAAUCGUUUAUAUCAUUAUGGUUUUGAUAUUAGUACUACUACUACUACUACUACUACUACUACUACUACUACUACUACUACUAAUAAUAAUAAUAAUAAUAAUAAUAAUAAUAAUAGACAUUGUAAUGAAGCUUACUCGAAGGUGAAAUCAGAUUGUAAUCACGUUGAUAAGAAAUCCAGUCCUCUUGCUCACUUUCAUCCACUUAUUCUUCCGGUUAAAUUACAUCGCCAGUUAUUGCAAUCGAAAAUCAGACGAGAUGUACACGCUAAAAACAUUUGGUUUUAUUUACUUCCUACAACAACUUUUAACAACUUGCCAGAUAUUCCCGUUAUUCGUGUCUGUGAAGACCUUACCAAUGAUUUAAUUCAAGAAGCAGUUGAUGAACUAUAUCAGACUAUUGAUCGUGCAGCUUCUGAAUUAGUCGAUGAAUUAAUUAAAGCGGAACUUUUUCCAGAAGCACCUGAUAUAACCUUAUCAUUUGAUAAGUGUGAUGAUGAUCCACAUGGUUUGUCUACUCCUGCAUUGUUUCAUCAAUCAGAUUUAAUAGCCCAUGAGUUCGAUGCUCCGGUUGUGUAUAGAAACUGUAGUGAAAACCAAACGACCUCUAAUGUUACAUCGAUACUUGAAAUUGAACAUGAACCUAGUAUUUCUAAUGACGAAUCAGUAAAUAGAAUGUCAAAUCCUGAACAUACUUGUAAUAUUAGUGAAGAUAUCAGCGAAAAAUAUACUUCAGAAUUCGAAGAUGAUACUGUUUCUUAA